AUGUAUCAAGACAGACGUUCAUCUUUAGGGUCUUCUAAGACAAUUUCAAGCAGACAAGAAACAGAGCAUCACAAACUUUCUCCUGUUUCAAUGUUCAAGAAACCAACUGACGUUUUAACAAAUGGUAAUCAGCAUGUCAAAUCAGACGGGAUAAUUUUAGAUGACGCUAAAGCAGACCUUCUGCAACUUCAGAACUAUCUACGGAAUAUUUCAGACAAACGAAGAACGAAAGUUCCCGAAAAAGUUGUUCAGAAUCCAAACACUCAGACAACUAGGCAAAACGAAGGAGAAACAAGAUCCGAAAAAGUGUUGGAAGAAUUCUUCAAUAAAUUCUUCAAUGCUUCACGUGUUAAAAGAAUGCAGCGCGUCGCCAGGACGUUUUACGACGCACGACGUCACGUCAUCAGAUUCUCGGACUAUGACGUCUUCAUGGAGCAAUGCGAGAAGCGGGACUUCACCAUCAUCAACUCCUCCAGACCCUGUGAUGUUGUCACCACCCCCAUCACGCACUACCGGACCUGCGCAGUGGUGGGGAACAGCGGGAUUCUACUCAACAGCAGCUGCGGGGCUGAGAUCGACGCGCACCAGUUCGUCAUCCGGUCCAACCUCCCUCCGGUUCUCAAGUUUAGCAGGGACGUCGGCAGCAAAACGAACCUGAACUUGAUCAACGGCAUCCGGCUGAUUCAAGUCCACGAACAGCUGCAAUCUCAGGACCCGGCCGUGAGAGAGAACAUGAGGAAACUUCUGGGCGAGUCGCCCGGCAUGAUAUUCAGCUACAUCCUCUACAUGUUCGGGUCUCAGGCGUUCGACAGAAUGCAGUUUGUUGACGAAAUUAUUAGGAAAUUCAACAUUUCGGCUACAGUAGCUUUUCCGCACGAUGUUUAUUUCCCCAGCCUGUUCCGUUGGCUGAACGGUGGUAAAUGGUGGGCCGCCCCGUCCACGGGAAUGAACACCUUCGGUCUGGCCUCCACAUUCUGUGACAGGAUCUCCCUGUACGGCUACUAUCCCAUGAGAACUUACAACAACAGGACAGUUCCCUAUCACUACUAUGACAGACGGAGACCCAGUAAGAGGCACGAGUUUACAGAAGAGUUUGAAAUGCUCCAAACACUUCAGGAGAAAAGACUUGUUCGACAUAUUGUGGGGGCUUGUUCUUUAGUAUGA